AUGUCGCAGGAAAAGCCGCUCCCCUUCAUCUACCAGUUCGCCGCAGGCGCCAUUGCCGGCGUCUCGGAGAUCUUGAUCAUGUAUCCGUUGGAUGUCGUCAAGACCCGAGUACAACUGCAAACCGGCAAGGGCGCCGGCGCCGAGGCAUACAAUGGCAUGUUGGAUUGCUUCCGCAAGAUCAUCAAGCAUGAAGGCUUCUCCCGGCUCUAUCGCGGCAUCUCCGCUCCCAUCCUCAUGGAGGCUCCCAAGCGAGCCACCAAGUUCGCCGCCAACGACGAGUGGGGUAGGGCCUAUCGCAAGAUGUUCGGCAUGCCCCAGAUGACCCAGUCGCUCUCCGUCCUGACCGGAGCCUCGGCCGGCGCUACCGAGUCCUUCGUCGUCGUCCCCUUCGAGCUUGUCAAGAUCCGCCUGCAGGACAAGGCCUCGGCCGGCAAAUACAAUGGCAUGAUCGACUGCGUCGUCAAGACGGUCCGCAACGAAGGCCCCCUGGCCUUGUACCAGGGUCUGGAGAGUACCAUGUGGCGGCAUAUCCUCUGGAACGCCGGCUACUUUGGCUGCAUCUUCCAGGUCCGCCAGUUGAUGCCCCAGGCCCAGAACAAGCGUGGCCAGAUGGUCAACGACCUCAUCUCCGGCUCCAUCGGAGGCACCAUCGGCACCAUGGUCAACACCCCCUUGGACGUCGUCAAGAGCCGAAUCCAGAAUACGCCCAGGAUCCCCGGCCAGGUCCCCAAGUACAACUGGGCAUUCCCUUCGGUUCUCACGGUGCUCAAGGAAGAAGGCGCUGGCGCCUUGUACAAGGGAUUCCUGCCCAAGGUGCUGCGACUUGGACCCGGAGGAGGCAUCCUCCUCGUCGUCUUUACCACUGUCAUGGAUACCUUCCGCAAGUGGCACUCAUAA